CACGGGCAAGAGUUCUGUCUUCACCGCCGCUCGACAACAGUUACCUUGACUCUACGACAUAGAGUGCGGCAUCGCCAUAUAAGUACGAUCGAUGCAGGGACAGCAGACUCCCUUUCUCCCCACCAUCCCGCUUGUACACGGCUAUCUCACGGCGUCGAAGCACCAACGACAACCAUUAUGUGGCAAUAGCGAAGGAUGGGGCCCGAUAAGCCCUAUACGCUAUGACUUCACACCGUGUUUUCUCGAUGUUUGGAUAGCCGUGGUAGCAGCGUUUGGCAUUGUGGGAGGUGCCGGCGCAUUGUGGUAUCUUUACAGGAAUUGCCCACCGCAGCCUGUGAAGCGCAAUUGGCAUUUCUUUGCGAAACUGAUUGCCCUAGGUGCGCUUAUUGUCACAACCGCAGUGCAAGCUGCACUUCAGAUCGAAUACUACAAAGAUGUUUGGGCUGGCGACUUUCGCUUCUGGACCAGUAUUAUGACUAUAGUCUCCCUCGGUGUCGUAUUCUACAUCCAGUAUAUCGAGCAUUGGAGGUCGCGGAACGCCAACGGCGUGGCCCUCUUCUACUGGCUCCUCCUCCUCAUCGCAUACGCCGUCAAGCUCCGCUCGCUCGUAGCCCAACAAUUACAUCGCGAACAUGUCGCAUACUUCGCCGUAUUCUGCACUAGUGUUGGACUGGCUGCGCUUUCGUUUGUUCUGGAAUGGUUGGUUCCGAAACGCAUGAGCGAUUACGAUAUGCUAGGAGACGACGAUGAAUGCCCAUACGAAUACGCUGAUGUUUUCUCCGUCUUGACUUUUGGCUGGAUGACCCCCUUGAUGAAGCGCGGCUACAACACUUUUCUCACGCAGGACGAUCUGUGGAACCUGCGAAAGCGAGACUCAACCCGACACACAUCAGAGACAUUUGAGAAGGCAUGGGCAAAGGAGAUGGAAAAGAAGCACCCGUCUUUGUGGCUAGCAUUUUUUCGCUCGUUUGGUGGCCCUUACUUCAGAGGUGCAGCCAUCAAGAGCAUAAGCGACAUCUUAAACUUUGCUCAACCGCAGCUGCUGAGGCUCCUGAUUAGCUUCGUACAUUCCUACCACGUCGGUAAGCCUCAGCCUGUAAUACGAGGCGCUGCCAUUGCACUCGGCAUGUUUGCCGUUUCCAUAUCCCAGACUGCCUGCCUACAUCAAUAUUUCCAGCGAUCCUUCGAGACGGGCAUGCGCAUCAAAUCUUCUCUCACCGCUGCCAUCUACUCCAAGUCUACUCGCUUGUCAAACGAAGGCAGGGCGUCGAAAUCCACCGGCGACAUCGUCAACUACAUGGCCGUGGAUACUCAGCGACUUCAGGAUCUGGCUCAGUACGGACAGCAGCUAUGGUCAGCUCCAUUCCAAAUCGUAUUGUGUAUGCUUUCGCUGUACCAGCUGGUCGGCUACAGCUGCUUUGCAGGCGUAGCUGCCAUGUUCGUUAUGAUACCAGUCAACGGCGUCAUCGCACGAUGGAUGAAGACACUACAGAAAGAACAGAUGAAGAACAAGGAUGCACGUACGAAACUCAUUUCAGAGAUUCUAAACAACAUGAAGUCGAUCAAACUGUACGCCUGGACGACAGCGUUCGCGAGUCGCCUGAAUCAUAUUCGUAAUGACCAGGAGCUCAAGACACUACGCAAAAUAGGCGCCACACAGGCUUUCUCCACGUUUACGUGGUCCACCACCCCAUUCCUUGUAUCCUGCUCGACGUUUGGUGUGUUUGUUUUAACGCAGAAUCGCCCAUUGACGACCGACAUUGUCUUCCCUGCUCUUACGCUCUUCAAUCUCCUUACGUUCCCUCUCGCCAUCCUUCCAAUGGUUAUUACGGCGAUUGUUGAGGCUAGCGUUGCCGUAGGCCGCAUCACCGGAUACCUGACCGCAGAUGAACUCCAAGAGAAUGCCGUCAUUCGUGAGAGCGCUGUGCAAGAAAACGGCGACGAAUCAGUCCGCAUCCGAGAUGCAAGCUUUACCUGGGACAGGAGUGCUGAGCGUCGUGCACUUCACAACAUCAAUCUCAGUGUACACAAGGGAGAGCUCGCGUGCAUUGUUGGUCGUGUAGGAUCAGGGAAGUCGUCGCUUCUGCAAGCAGUGCUAGGCGAUUUGUGGAAGAUCCAUGGAGAAGUCGUGCUUCGAGGAAAGACCGCCUAUGUACCUCAAUCAGCUUGGGUGAUGAACGCCUCCGUACGAGAGAACAUCGUAUUUGGGCACCGGUGGGAUCCUCAGUUCUACGAAAAGACUGUCCAGGCGUGCGCAUUGCGCGAUGACUUCGCACAGCUUCCAGAUGGCGACCAAACGGAAGUUGGCGAACGGGGGAUCUCCUUGUCCGGGGGGCAGAAGGCUAGACUUACCCUAGCUCGAGCUGUCUAUGCCCGCGCGGAUGUCUAUCUUCUUGACGAUUGUUUGUCGGCGGUCGAUCAGCAUGUCGGAAGGCACUUGAUUGACAACGUUCUCGGUCCGAAGGGUCUCUUAGCCGGAAAGACAAGGAUCCUUGCGACGAAUUCCAUUACAGUGCUCAUGGAAGCUGACAAUAUUCUACUUCUGCGAGAGGGUACAAUCCUUGAGCGGGGUAGCUACGACCAGCUUAUGGCGAUGAAAGGUGAGAUCGCAAACCUGAUCAAGACAUCACAGAACGAGGACCAAGGAGAAGCCGACAGUAAUCAAACGUCCGAGAGCAUCAUGAGCGAUGAAGAGUCUACUGUGUAUGGCGGAAGCCCAGUCGAUAAUGAGGAUGAGGAAGAUCGCGUAGAAGCCGAAGCCGCACAAGAGAAUACUGCGUAUCUUGCACCCUUGAAAACCGCAGGCGAGGCUGCUCGUAAGGUUAGCUUUCAUACUCUUCGCCGUGCCAGCACCGCAAGCUUCAAAGGACCUCGCGGCAAAGUUGCGGACGAAGAGGAUGGCGGGCUGAAGAGUAAGCAAUCGAAGGAGUUCUCGGAGCAAGGCAAAGUUAAGUGGUCUGUGUAUGGUGAAUACGCAAAGACUAGCAAUCUCGCGGCUGUCGUCAUCUACUUGUUACUGCUUCUCGGAGCGCAGACUGGAUCCAUUGGCGCAAGUGUGUGGCUUAAAAACUGGUCAGAAGUUAAUCAGCGAUACGGCGGGAACCCCAACGUGGGCAAGUUCAUCGGCAUCUACUUCGCGUUUGGCGUUGGAUCUGCUGCACUCGUCGUCGUACAGACGCUCAUUCUCUGGAUCUUCUGUUCGAUCGAGGCUAGCCGUAAGCUACAUGAGCGGAUGGCGUUCGCGAUAUUCCGCUCUCCAAUGAGUUUCUUCGAAACGACUCCUGCAGGACGCAUCCUGAACAGAUUUUCAAGUGACAUUUACCGCGUGGAUGAAGUACUAGCCCGAACGUUUAAUAUGCUCUUCGUCAAUUCCGCCCGAGCCGGGUUCACCCUUGUUAUUAUCUCUGCCUCCACCCCUAUCUUCGUUGCGCUCAUCUUGCCACUGGGCGCGCUUUACUUGUACAUCCAGAGGUAUUAUCUGCGGACCUCGCGGGAGUUAAAACGGCUCGAUAGCGUUAGCCGCAGCCCUAUAUAUGCGCACUUUCAGGAGUCCCUCAGCGGCAUGAGCACGAUCCGUGCGUACCACCAGCAAAAGCGUUUCGAGCUGGAGAACGAGUGGCGAGUGGAUGCGAAUCUACGCGCCUAUUACCCUUCUAUCAGCGCCAACCGAUGGCUAGCAGUUCGACUGGAACUUAUUGGCUCAGUCAUCAUUUUGGCCGCCGCUGGUUUCGCUAUCAUCUCUGUCACUAGCCAUAGCGGCCUGUCCGCUGGCAUGGUGGGUCUGGUGAUGUCAUAUGCCCUCCAGAUUACUCAGAGCCUGAACUGGAUCGUUCGGCAGACCGUUGAAGUGGAGACUAACAUCGUGUCGGUCGAACGAGUCCUUGAAUAUGCAGCUCUGCCGAGCGAAGCGCCAGAGAUCAUCUCUAAGAACAGGCCGCCAAUCAGCUGGCCUUCUCAGGGCGCUGUCACGUUCAACGACUACAGCACCCGGUAUCGGCCGGGUCUGAAUUUAGUUCUGAAGAACAUUAACCUUCAAAUUAAGCCAAAGGAGAAAAUUGGGGUGGUCGGACGCACAGGAGCAGGCAAGAGCUCACUUACUCUAGCGCUGUUCCGUAUCAUUGAACCCGCAGAGGGUUUUGUGAGCAUUGAUAAGCUUAAUACAAGCACCAUUGGCCUGCUUGACCUCCGUAGACGAUUAGCCAUAAUUCCGCAAGACGCCGCGCUUUUCGAGGGAACUGUACGAGACAAUCUCGACCCGGCCCACGUUCAUGAUGACACUGAGCUCUGGAGUGUAUUGGACCACGCACGCCUCAAAGACCACGUUUCGAGUAUGCCAGGGAAGCUGGACGCCCAUAUUAAUGAAGGAGGGUCCAACCUCAGCUCUGGGCAACGACAACUUGUCUCGUUAGCGCGCGCACUUCUAGCACCUAGCAAUAUCCUGGUCUUGGAUGAAGCAACGGCCGCCGUCGACGUAGAAACGGACGCGUUGCUUCAAACUACACUACGAAGCAGCAUGUUCAACAACAAAACCAUCAUCACAAUUGCUCAUAGGAUCAACACGAUUCUCGACUCGGACAGAAUCAUUGUGCUUGACAAGGGUACGGUGGCCGAGUUUGAUACACCUGCUGAGCUGGUUCGACGGAAAGGCCUAUUCUACGAACUGGUCAAGGAAGCUAAUCUCCUUAACUCUCUCGAUAUGUCACAAUCAUAAAUAGGGUUUAUACAGCCAGGUGGGAGGGUGCGAAGUGCCGGUGGAUGUGAAGGCAUAUCGGAUCAUUCUUGCAGAAGAUGGCUAAGACCAGCUACCUGGCGUGCGGAUGGGCUUCCCCGGAAUGGCGCAGCGCCUCACCUUCACAAAUAGCAGUCAAGCGCGGUGGACGUUCCAUCACUGGCCUAGAGGCGUCGCGACGACGUCGGUUACACAAGGAGGCUGCCACAUGACAGCGUUAAGUGGAGAUGGGUGGGAAAAAGCAAAAUUGAUGACACCAUUGUUCGGUGAACUUGGAAUAACCAAACUUAGUGUACAUGGCGAGGCUCAACAUGAAUAAUCGCCGAAUAUAUUUCUCUCUGUUAUCUUAUACUUUAGUAUGAAGCAUCAUUGCAGCCUGUUAUUGCUGAAUUAAAUUGAGCCUCAC